AAGUAAAUGGAAAAUCGAAAAUAUUUCAAUCAGGAGGGCAAGGAGGCGAAAAAUUUCUACCACCUGUCGGAUGAUGGUGGUGAAACGCACCGAGGCCCUCCAAAACGGCCACCGGUAGGUGUCCGGCAGCGAUCGAUUCAGCCGUAUCUGUCGCCCCAACAGUCGAAAUCGUCCAGCAAAUCUGGACCUCGGGUGAGAAGCGCUUCGACGGGACGGGAUAAGAAGUCGGAGCUUCAGGCUCGGUACUGGGCUUUUCUCUUCGGCAACCUGGAUCGCUCGAUCAAUGAGAUAUAUAAGACGGUGGAAGGCUACGAGAAUCUCUCGUCGUGCAAGGAGACAAUAUUGGUGCUGGAGAACUAUAUUAGAGAUUUCAAAGCGCUGGCCGAGUGGUUCAAGGUAUCGUGGGAUUAUGAGGCUACGCCCUCGCCACAGAGACCGCUCUCACUGGCGUGGGAAGUGCGCAAGAGUAACCCUGUACCACGUGUCCGCAAGCCUAUUUCCAGCCCGGGAGUGUCCGGUAAAUCUAGUCCCAGUUUUUCCGGUAAAAACAGUCCCUGCUCGGCGGCCGAAGAUCCGGCCCGUAAUUGCUCACCGAGGAAAGCACACUCCUCUACCGAGAGUCUCAACAAGAAAGCUCAGCAACCGACAAAAGCGACCGCCCGAGGUGAUCCUUCCGGGCCACCCAGUGAUCCUAGCGGAGCCGUCUUCAACUGCGUACCGAUAGAAUCGUACGUGCUGAAGCUUGAUCAGUACACGCAAACGAAUCUGGAAGAUGAGAAUCUUACGUUGGUGGAGUAUUUGGAGAAGUACGCCAAACGGGAGGAUACCGCCACUAUGGCCGUCCCACUGCCCACCGGUGACAUCGUGCUGGAGCCGAAAAUGGAAGAGAGUCAAAAACCUCAGGACGAGACCUUGGCCGCAAAUGUACUGAAGGUGGACGAGAAGAAAGUGCCACAAGAUCAAACGAAGCCUCACGAUCCAGCGAAAGGCGAUCAAUCGUUGGCGCGUAAAUUGUGUCCAACGAAGUGUGCCCCGAUCGGUCCAACGAAAGCUGCGUCCGUUGCGCCCCGCAUGGGUCUGGUCGCCGUUAAGUCGGUAGCUUCGCCGGCAAAGGCACCGGCGGUGGCCGGUGUUAAGCCGCGCCCUGGAACCGGCCCAUCCGGAGUGGUACGCAAAUCGGCCACCGCUUCUGCCGUGGCGCACUCGAACAUGAAACAGGCGAUUAAUCUCCCGAGUAAAAGUGCGACUACUCCGUCCCUGGUUGCGUCGUCAUCGGCAAGAAACCGAAAUGGCUUAAAACAACCGUAUCUGCCAAAGAACGGGUCACUUGGCGGCGGUACGUUGGCCGACCGGUCGCGAUUAGCAGUUCGCUCGAAAACGAUGAUCGAGGUUUCGACGGUGGGUCGAACGAAGUUUAUGCCUAACGUUGAAGAUUCUCGGAGACGUUCCACUACAAAGCUGUCCUUGCUGGGCAACCGCUCGAAGGAAGACGUACACAGUUCCAGCUCCACCCUGAAGGCUGGAUCAUCCGAGCGGUUGGGGUCACGUAGUUCUAUUACCAACAUCGGUGCAGAACGGAAACCACCGCGGGUGCCCGCAUCUGCAGGCAGCGCUGGACGGCGUUCGGAACCGAAAACUAUGCCAUCGUCCGACGUGGCCAACAACGAUGGAUGGUACACGGUGAAAACUAAGCGUCGAUCGAGCUUACUUUGGGCGACGCGCUUCAACCAACCAUCGGGUUACGCAAGUCUACCGACGUUGGCACUGCUCGAUGAAAACGGUACGAAAAUGGAGGAACGACAAAAUGAAGCGCCCAAGAAGCCGUCAAGCGCCGCAAACGCGAGUGAAAGCGCACGAGGCCCAAAGCAAGCGCAGCAAAGUGCGGUGGAGAAAUCGUCGACAGUAGUGCAAUCGAAACCAAACGGACCAUCGCAAGCGCCCAUUACGUCAGGAGCCACGAAAAUGGUUAAAUCAUCGAUAGCUACUGCCCAGCCGGUAUUGCCACUGCGGCCGAGCAAUGCGAACGUGAAAAGUCGGCAACAAGUGCCUGCCACGGUUAACCGAGUGUCGGUGUCACGGCAAAAGUCCGAUCUGACGGGGUUGAAACUGAAAACGCUGCACAAGGAGUUCUUGCGGAGCGAAAAGCUUAAAUCCAAGGGCACGGACAAGCCAGAGUCACCGGCGGCGGCUGCUCUGUCGCAGAGUGCCACCGUUGGGCGGAACGCGUCCGACGGUCCAACGGAACCGGAAGUGGACCAAGUAGUGCAGUUCAACAAAGUGGACAUGAACAUUCAAACGAAUCUGGUUACGGCUACCAUCGAGAGUUUGUAUGCAACGUGCCUGCAGGAAACGAGUGACCUCCCCGGUGGCAAACGAAGGUUGCCGGCCAUGAGCAACGGCGAAGCAUUGAGCCACAGCACCAGCGACGAGCACGAAGAAGAGCAGGAACGUGACGACAUGGAGAGUGAUGAGGAUCAGCGCAAACUGCUCGAGGAGCAGGAAAGCUUGGAGGCACAGAUCCGCGAGCUGGAGAAUACGGAAAUCGAUUUCGAUACUGAAACGGAUGAAACGGAUUGCGAGGCAAUUAUCGACUUUGAGGACACGGACGGUACGGUGGAGAGUGGAACGGAUCGAGGGCCGUCGGGUAUCGAGGGCGGUACCGUGAACGGGGCCGUUGCCACGGAUGAAGACAUUACGCUCGAAAUGCGCUACGAAGCGGUGCUGGCCGAAAUGAGCUGGGUUGAGCGGGCACGUACUUUGGACACCCUGAAGGCCAUCGUGGCGCGGCAUCCGGGUCGGGCGCAGCAGCUGCACGCCAAACUGUCCAGCCCUUCGCGGCGUCGAUCGUUGCAUGAGACGUUGAAAAAGUAUCAAGCCAAACAGGCGCGUGCUUUGGAGAAGCGACAGGCGCUGCAGAAGGAGAAAGCCCUAAAGAUCCAGCAGUUGCUCGCACGCGUUGAGGACGUCAAAGCGGCCAAACAGUGUCUUAUCGAAACGAAGCGUCUCCGGAUGGAGGAACGGUUGCAACGGGCUGCCGAAAAUCGGUCGCAGUAUCUGAAGGACAAGAUCAAGAAGGCGCACGAUGAGGAGGAAAAGCUGAAGGAGAUUGCGUUCAUCAAGAACUUGGAGGCGCAGAACAAGCGCCUGGACUUCAUGGAGUCGUGGAAGGAACAGGAAGUUCGGCUUCAGGACCUCGAGACGGAGCGUCAGAAGCGGGCAGAAGAGAAGGCCGCCAAAGAGGCGGCCGUGGAGCGGCGGCGGCAGGAGAUCGAACAGGAGCGCCAGAAGAAGCUGCAGCAGAUGAGCGACAAUAGACGCGAGCGUGAGAAGCGGGUCGGCAAGAUGCAGGAGCAGAAAGAACGCCAGCGGCAAGCGUUGGCCCGUGAGAAGGCGCGCGAUCGCGAGGAACGGCUACAGGCCCUGCAGGCGCAGAAGCUCGCUACGACCGAGGAACUGCAGCGGAAGAUCAUCCAGAAACAACAGGAAUCGGCACGGCGGCACGAGGAAAACAUUGAGCAAAUCCGUCAACGGGCAGUCGAGUUGGCCACCAUACCAAGCCGCAGUGCUGAUGAGCUGCGGAACGAAGAUCACGAUGAGGAUACUUCGAGCGUCAGCGAGAGGGAUGGUUCCGUCGUCGGGGCCGCGUGUAGCGGAGAUGGGAAGCGUAGGGUCAACCGGAAAAGGGUGAAAAAGUUGCGCCAAAAACUGACGAGCGCUGCCGAGGAGUAUCUGGCCGAGCUGACCCCGCUGGCACCAUCGAUUCGAAAGCAGAGUCAAGUGCCGAGGCUACUCGGGACCGUCGCGAAGGGAGGCUCCGGCACGCUCGGUGUCGAGAGACCGAUCGGUCAGCUGCUGCGCUUGAUCGCGAAGGCGGAAGUGGCCGAUUUUCAGUCGCUCUGGUUGCUCGACGGUUUGGGAACGAUCGCGACGGUGAUCGAAAGUGGCCUAAGUCCUGGGACGGACGUUUCCAGAAAGGCUGUUGUUCUUUCGGUGCAGCUUUAUCGGAAUGCUUGCACGCUGUGUCCGCAAAUUGCCCGUCACGCCGUGUUGGGAAGUUCUAUACUAAUUCUACUAGAUGCCCUGCAGACGGCAAUGAAGACACCGGAAGAAAAGAAUGCCCUGUUCCCGGUGGAAUUAUCGACGGAGCUGAUACUCGCGUGCACGGUGGCCCUUUUGCCGACUAGUCCCCCGCCGAAGCAGACGACACACCCAAAGGUUGCGGAACGCCUUCCGGAUCUUCUGAGCUACAUCGUGAGCACGGGACUCAUCGAGACGCUAGUGAAGCCGAUCAGCAGCGUGCAGGAAGCGAUCGAGAAUCAGACCAGCCUCGUGCUAUCGUUGCUCGCAUCGCUCGGGCUGCUCACCAAGUUGGUGGAAAUUUGUCCUAAAGGCCCCGAUGUUACCAGACUGCUGCAAACGGCCCAAAGCACCGAGCUGUUCGGGACGGUGUCGCUACUGUACGCGGCGAUCGUGCCUAUCGGUGAAAGCAUUCCACCGAGGACGACUUCGCUGGCGGCGGCCACUUUUAAUCUUCUGGUGACCUUUGCCAACCUGGACAUCGAAGCGUUCCAGGCAGUAUUAACGCAACAAACGGUAUCGCUCAAGUUCCUCGACGUCAUCAGUAUCCUACUGCAGUACUGUGUCCCGAAGGCGGACGUGAAAAGUGAAACACAGACUGUGAUAAUCGACCUAACGGCCACGUUGGGUUUCUUCUGUGCCAAUAAUAAAACCAACCAGGAUCUGCUCACAUCGGAUCAGUACACGUGCGUGCUCAAGAGUCUUGCCAAGCUGCCCAAACAGUUCGAUGUCAUAACGUACCCGACGUUGGUUUCGGUAUUACACGACAAUCCGAGCGCAAGCACCGUGGUCGGCAGGGACUUUAACGUUGAGCUGCUGGAGGAGUAUAAACGCUCCGAUAUGGCAAAGAAGAAUCGAAUCGUGUGCCUAUUGCUGUAGUCGAUCC